AUGGCCGAAGAUGAAGACAAAGAAAAAGAGUCAUGGCUCGGGACCGUCCUCUUUGCUGCCUGCUUCUACAUCAGCUUCUUCAUCGUUGUGUUCUGCGGCGGGGCCAUCUUCCUCAUGCCCUUCCUCCUGGUGACAAACUUUUGCGUCUCACUGGUCCUCAUCGCGCAGAGCCUCAUUCGCGUCGGCCCGCUGUCGAGGCAUGGCUUGCUCGGAGGGCCACUGGCUAGCCUGCUCGCCCGAGCUCAAGGGCUGGUACAGAUGGGCAUCACAGGCUGGGCUGGGGUGGUCCAUUUGUGCCUCAUCUUUCCGAUGUCUAUGAUCUUCACGUUCGUGCUUCCGAGCUAUUUUGUCUUGCCGGGGUUGGUCCGCAAUGCCUUGCUUGAUCUUCCCAAGCGCUUCGGCUCACAGAAGGACGCGGAGCGCGUGGAUUCCACCGAGAAGGUGGUGAUAUGGCAGGCCCGCUCUUUCAGAGGCUUUCUGCUGAAUUUGGGCUCCCAAGCCGGCGCAAAAUUCAGAUCCUGCUUCGGCGUCGACUCAGGAUUGACCGGUCGCACAUCCUCGGCCUAUUCCACCAUUCUGUGGCGCACUGUCAACUCGGCAAUCGUUGACUUCCUAGUUUUGCAUGGCAUAAGCCUCAAACACAAGGCUCUCCAUGUGCUCCGUUGGGUGCAAAGCUUCAUUGCUGUCAUUUUCAUCGCCCCAGGAUUCUACUUUGGGUCCGAUCCUCAACAGGCGGGCGCAGUGCCUACCUUCUUCUCACUGCAGCUUCAGGUCUGGCUGGCUCCUUUGGGCUUCCUGAUGUUCUUCGUGACCCAGUUGAGGAGUGCUGCUUCCGACCUGGACUCCCAAGAGUACUCGGACAAGCAGCAAGGCAAUGCUAGCAUAUACGCCACUCUGAUUGUGAAGGGGUCAGAUGACGACACUUCGAAUGGCGGGAAACACCGCGCUCUGGUAAGAGUUCUGGUCAUAGAGCCAGGCCCGAACGAACAACCGAUCCGUUGUCGUCUGAAGGUUAUUGAUUUAGCGUCUCCGACUGGUGCCCAAUAUGAGGCCCUUUCAUACGUCUGGGGCCCGCCAGAUCUGGCUGAGACAAUCGAGGUCAAUCACAAUACCUUUGCGGUGUCUACCGCAUUAUUCCAGGCGCUCCUUCAUCUUCGCCACCGCAGAGAGCCACGGGCGAUCUGGAUAGAUGCCAUCUGCAUCAAUCAAGCAGAUCUUGCUGAGAGAAGCGACCAAGUCCUCCUUAUGCAACACAUCUAUUCUAAGGCAUCCCGAGUGGUUGUUUGGCUAGGUGAAGUGGAGCCUUGGGGUCUGAAGAACCUAGCUGAGGCAGCAAAUGAUGCUCUCGAGAGACAGAAGUGCAUACACUACGGAGCUGUCAAAGUAGUAUCAAAUCUUCUUCAAAGACCAUGGUGGACUCGAGUCUGGGUGACACAGGAGCUUGUUUUGGCCCACGAUGUCACGGUCUGCUGCGGCUCCCAGACUCUGAGUUGGGAUCAUUUCUGCUGGUUGGUGAACAACAGUGCAGUGCUGCCUUCAUUCCCAAGUACUGAUGUCUACAUCGACGAGUUCCGGGCGCUACGGGACAACUGGAAAGCCAGGAUCGCUUCAUCUCCUGAUGAGGUGACAGAUUCUGGGAAUAGGACGCGACAGCGAAAUACUCGUGCAACAGAUCUCUUGUCCCUAAUGUACGACUUCCGCUCUAGGAGAGCCACUGAUCCUCACGACAAGGUUUUCGCUUUCCAGGGCCUGGCGCAGGCUAUUGAUGGCCCUUCCUUGACUGCAGGCCAGCCGAUUGACCUGGGGACACUGCUUGUUCGGCCUGACUACUCACGUCGCCACUCUCUCAUGAGCAUUGAUCUAGCGCGAAGACAUAUCCGGCGGACACAGAGCCUAUCGGUCGUGGCUCUAGCGGAAUGUGCCAGACAGACAGACCCGCCAAUGCCCGAUACUAUGAACGAUCACAGGGCAGUGUAUCUCCCUAGCUGGUGUCCAGCCUUUAUGAAUGUUGAGGCAGUGGACGAGGGACUUCGGUUCCGGCCAUUCUGGACUGGACUACCGGGCGAGGGGGACGACAAUUUCUCUUCGGCUGGGAACAUUCCGGUACAAGCACUCCCGCCAGAACCAGAUUCUCUUCAAGUGCCCCCAGACUGGGAACAUCUUGACCUGGAUGGCUAUGCGGACUAUGGUGGAUAUCCGCACAAGUUAAAUAUUCAAAUUUUGCCACAUUUGUGUGACACCAUCGUGGAAACCGGGCCCGUCGCGGGCGGGUCGAUCAACGCCCUCGUCAACUCGACUAUGAAAGUCAUCAGCAGGCAGGCCUCAACAAUGGUGAAUUCGUUCCAGGGCCGGAAUGCAUGGGACUCUGUGUUGCCGACCUGGCGACGGAUGGCACUGGAGGCAUACAAGAGCCGUGAUCCUCACCCAAGGCAGACAGCUUUCGAGGAAGAAUUUCAGCUUAGCAUCACUGGAGGAAAAUUCUCGGCCACGCCUUCCUCUGGCAGCCAGCAGAUCGACCACGCAUUGUCUCAGCCCCUGGAGACCAAAGCGGUGAUAGAGCAUGAGACUUACCUCGAAGCCCGUGAAGCCUCAUGCGCCAACAGGGCGAGCUUCGUCACGGCAAGCGGCCACUUUGGAAUCGGCCCUCCAGACUUGCAGAUUGGCGACGAGGUUUGUGUAGCAAUUGGCAUGCAGGUUCCCAUCGUUUUGAGGAGAAUAGGCUGCGCAGACGGCAGGGAUAAUUGUCUGCAGUAUGAUGCGAACGACUGGUUAUUCGUCGGGCAGGCGUAUCUGCAUCAGAAGAUGGUCUACCAGGGCGACCUUGCUAGGGACAUCCGAAAUGGCACGGUCGCUGUUGAGACGCGGGUCUUGACCUGA